UCUAUCUAUCUGUCUGUCUGUCAUUCUAUCUGUCUGUCUGUAUUUCUAUCUAUCUAUCUAUCUAUCUAUCUAUCUAUCUAUCUAUCUAUCUGUCUGUCUGUCUGUCUAUCUAUCUAUCUGUCUGUCUGUCAUUCUAUCUAUCUGUCUGUCUGUCAUUCUAUCUGUCUGUCUGUAUUUCUAUCUAUCUAUCUAUCUAUCUAUCUAUCUAUCUAUCUAUCUAUCUAUCUAUCUAUCUAUCUAUCUAUCUAUCUGUCUGUCUGUCUGUCUAUCUAUCUAUCUGUCUGUCUGUCAUUCUACCUAUCUGUCUGUCUGUCAUUCUAUCUGUCUGUCUGUAUUUCUAUCUAUCUAUCUAUCUAUCUAUCUAUCUAUCUAUCUAUCUAUCUAUCUAUCUAUCUAUCUAUCUAUCUAUCUAUCUAUCAAACAAACUGUGUCAUCUGCUGGGCGGAAUCUGCUACUACAGUGCGCCUCGUUUAGUUGAAGAAUUCAAGGGCGGAAUCUAUUUCCAGUUUCCUUUUUCGACACUUUUUAACCCACUUUCGUCGCGUCACAGCGGGGACAACUUACAAUGUAACACUCAAAAAUCAACUAUAAGCGCUUUUAAAAGACUGAACCAUAGUCAUCCACCGACUUCGACGGACAAAACGUUGUUACCCCUCCUCCUCCACUCUAAACAGUGUAAACAAAACUUCGCUCUUGCUCUAACAUCGUCCAGUUUUUAAUGUGGAAAUCUAUUUUGUCCCUAAAAUUCCCUGAUCUCCGGUCUGUCGACUCCUGUAGUAUAAGCAAUACGAUCUGCUGUUAACACCACUCUCUAUUUUUGUGCUUCCUUGUGCUGCCAAGCCCCUGACGUAAUGCUCCGUGUUAAUUAUUAGCAUGUGGGAAGCGAUGCUGAGACUCUGCUGUUGCUUCAACAAGAGCUGACUGACUGCGGGGAGAAAAACCUCGUCAAGAUGGCCAAACACACUGACCCAGAGUGAAGGGGCGCCGUUACCCCGUCCAGUCCUGCCCUGUCCUGCGAAGAGCACCCAAGCAACUGCGCCUUUAGAUGUUCUCUGUGGAAAAUGCUGUCAAGAAUGAAGCUGGACAGACUCCAUAUGCAGGAGCAAAGUUGAGGAACACUCUGUAAGCCCAUAGUGGCCAGACAGUUGGAGAGCUCCACCAUCUCAAAAGCUUUAAACAGGGAUUCCCUGCCACCAAGCCCUAGAACCAAGAAUGAAUAUGCAACACGUUGGUGCCCCAUAGCAAAUAACAUCUCAAAGGUUUUUUUUCUGUCAUACCGCAAAGUAAAGGGGUAAUCAAUUGCAUUUUUGGAUGCGUCUGCAUAGCGAGGGUCCAUUUAACUGAGGAAGGAAUCCAAAGGGUAUUAGCCGUCUUUCCCUCUUGCAACAAAACCUAAUUACUAGUCCUGGUGUCCUGUGCCUGCCCACUAGAUCAUGAUGUUUCGUGACCAGGUGGGAGUCCUCGCCGGCUGGUUUAAGGGGUGGAAUGAGUGCGAACAGACAGUGGCAUUAUUGUCGCUCCUCAAGCGGGUCAGUCGGACCCAAGCACGCUUCCUGCAGCUCUGUCUGGAGCAUUCCUUGGCGGACUGCACUGAGUUGCAUGUUCUAGAAAGGGAGGCCAAUAAUCCAGUGGUGAUCAGUCAGUGGCAGAGUGAGCCAAAAGAGCGGGUCAUCUCUCUGGUUCUCACCCAUCUGCCUCUCCUUAAACCAGGCAAUGCCGAGGCCAAAGUGGAGUACAUGAGUCUUCUGCCCAAGAUCUUGGGGCACACCAUCGAACAUGGCCGUCACCUUGAGGAAAGCAGGCAGCUUCUGUCCUAUGCCCUCAUCCACCCUGCAACCUCCCUCGAAGACCGGGCAAAUCUCGCCCUUUGGCUCAACCACCUUGAAGAACGAGCAGCUGCACGAGGAGCUGGAGACUCCCUGGAGCGAGCGCCUUCAUCUCACCACGGUCAACCUCCUCAUCUUUACCCCCAUCAUCAACGCUAUGGCUCAGAUGACCGCCUCAAUGGCUGGCAGAGCUCAAGAGACUCUGGACUUGGAAGUUGGCAGCAACAGAACUGUGAAAAUGGGCACCUCUCACUGUACCCAUCAUCUUCUGUGCCCUCUACAAUCAACGCUGUGGGUACAAGCAGCGGGACCAACACAAUUCUGCCGGGUGGGCAGCACAGUCCUCUGAGGCGUUCAGUGUCUCUGACCCCUCCGAUGAGUGGUGGAGCAAACCAGCCUCUGGGGCACGGGUGGCUGUCUCAGGAGGACCUGCGUCCCCGUGGGCCAGCCCCCGACCACGCCCCUCUCUCUCCUCAGAGCAGCGUAGCAUCCUCGGGCAGCGGAGGCAGCGAGCACCUGGAGGAGCACGCUGCUGUCCGUAGUACAUUCCGUGAGGAGGGCAGUGGAAUGAGAGAUGUACCAGGGUGGCUGAAGAGUCUUCGUCUCCACAAGUACGCUGGACUCUUCUCCACUAUGACCUAUGACGAGAUGAUGUCACUGACAGAGCAUCAGUUGGAAGCGCAGCAAGUUACCAAAGGGGCACGGCACAAGAUCAUCAUCAGUAUACAGAAGUUGAAAGACAGGCAGAACCUGCUACGCUGUUUAGAGAAGGACAUUCUGGAGGGAGGGAAUCUACGUGCCCCUUUACAGGAGCUCCACCAGAUAAUUCAGACCCCCAUUAAGGCAUGCAGCAUGGAGGAGUCAUCACAGCGCCACCUGCUGAGUGCAGAGGGGAAGAGCAGCAUUGCCAGCUCCAACUUGGGCGGAGGAGAGACAGAGGGAAGCUCCACAGUCAUAGCCGAGGGAGACAUCCCUGCUCAGUUCACUCGCGUCAUGGGCAAAGUUUGCACACAGCUCCUUGUCUCCGGGUCAGAUGAGGAGAACAUUAGUUCCUACCUACAGCUUAUUGAUAAGUCACUAAUCCAUGAGGCCUUCACAGAGACGCAGAAGAAGAGGUUGUUGUCAUGGAAACAGCAGGUGCAGGUGCAGUUCCGGUCAAUUUCACGCAAAACUCUCCUGGACUUAACAGGUCCCAGACGAAGCAGUCGUUAUGGCCAGUCAAACUCCCUUCCUAUCACGGGCUGCGUGGGCAGCGGCUUGCCCACCCGGAGGAACCUGCGCCAGUAUCAGAUGCGGAGUUUGCCUGGUGCAAGACUCGGACCUUUGGGUACCACUGGCCUGUUCCGACCAACCCCCCGAAGCGGCAGCAGCACCCCUACUGGCCUGAAACAGGGACGACAGGGUUUGUGGUUUGCCAACCCGGGGGGCAGUAACAGCAUGCCCAGCCGCACCCACAGCUCAGUUCAGAGGACUCGAUCACUACCUGUUCACACCAACCCACACACCAUGGCCAUGUUCCAGCAUACAGAUUUACAGGUGCCUGUGACUGAGCCAGACAUCAAUAACCGUUUGGAGUCUCUAUGUCUCAGCAUGACAGAACACGCUCUUGGAGAUGGUGUUGACCGAACUUCAACGAUCUGAAAGAAGAGGGUGCAAGGAGACGAUAUACCCGGCAGCAGGGGAAAAGGUCAUUGCGAGGUCACAAGCCCCUCUGUCUAUAAAUUUCCCCUCACCUAACCUGCUCACCUACCAUCGCAGCCAACAAGAGAGGUGGUCUUCAGUUUGGGACGUGGUCUACACAGUGCCAAUCACCAUAUUCGGAAAGGCUUAACACAAGCAAGUUCUGUCACCUUGACUACUUCAGCGCGUUUACAUUCGAUUUUGUAAGAGAAUCACGUCUAUAACAUAAAAAGUUGGACAUUUCAAACCUGCACGUCCUUUAGAAGAAUGCUGCAAGGGGCUAUGUGUCGACAGGCCAUUAAGGGGGGUCCAUCAGGAGGUAGCGUUCCUUCCUGGGACAGUUCACAUUGUUCAGUCUAGGACGUUACAGAACAGCAUAUCCAAACCAACCAGCACACGAAACCAGAUAACAGACAUAAGGGUUGCAAAUUAGAUGUUUUCUGUUUGUUGCUCAGAGGUUUAAUGAAGUACCUCUGCGUAGAGGCUAAAAUAUUACUUAAUAGUAUGUUGUUUACAUUUACACUUACACUUUACCGUCAAGGAUUUUUUAGGUGCGUGUGGUGUCAAUAUUCAAGGACGGUGUAAAGCUUUAGAUUGCUAGACUGCUUCAUAGUUUACAAGUGUUUUUGACGUUUUGUUUUCCUAGAGAGAGAGAGAUGGUACUCCAAGGAAAGAUAGAGAGGGAAUGUUAGACAGCGAGAGCAGAGACAUGAUUAGAAGGGGAAACAGAAAGUGAUGUAGUUGCUGGAGAUGUGAAGGGAGUGAGGAAUGUCGUAGAUGGAUUCUGACAGAAGGAGCAGGGGUCGAGGGAAAUCUGGAGGUCACAGUUUGUCUCUAGCAUCAGCAGAUAUGAGUAGAGGAGGGUUUUUAUAUUUGGGAGAAAUGCCAGUAAAUGCAUGUAGAUGUGUAUGUUGAAGAGCAGCAGGUGAACAUAUAGGUCAGAGAUAUGCAGGCCCAGACGGAAUAUGCAGUGUUUUGCUUUUGGAGGGAAAUCUGCAGAAUGUAGUCUAUUUCGGAGAAAAUUCCAAACAGCUGUUUUGUUGGGGUCCAAAAAGAUCUGGUUAAGUACAUAAAAUAUCCAACACCUCCCUUUUUAUUAUUAGCAUGAUCAUUGGCAUAGGCUUGUUUUUUUACACUUAACACCAGCUUUUAAAAAAAUAUAUUGCAUCUGAAUAGAGCAUCUUCUACUGUAUAAAUCAGUGAUGGUACUAUUAUCAAAUAAUAUAAACGUCUACCUGGUGGACGAAACAUUAGCAAAAAAUGCCAUAGACUUCCAUUGAAAAGACAUAGCUUGGGAUCAGGAUGUCAUAUAGACUUUGUGGUUGUCUCUUUUGACUUGGGCCACUAUCUUGCAACCAUUUAGUAAUGCUCUAGCAACCAUUUAGCAACGCCCUAGUAAUCAUGCAAAACACCCUGACAUUUCAUAAAUAUAAAAAAGUGUAAUAAAAAUGUAAUACAGUUAUAUUAUGUAAUUAAUAAAGGUUAGUUUUUCAAUGUUUUUGACUCUAAAAAAUGUCAAAAAUGACCCAAACAUAACAGGAGGUUUAAACAUGGUUAAACAAAAAAAGGACAUUUAUGCCUCGAGAGUUAUGAGCCCCAACCUUAGCAUCGAGUUGCUGUAACAGAAGAAUACUUCAGUCUUAUUGGACAAAAUAUUUCAGAAACCAAUAUGCAAUGGUUGGGGAAUGUCUAGAACUUUGGGAAUUUAUUCAAAUUCUGAAGAAACGUUGCAGGUGCAGAUUCCGUGUGGGCCUUUACGCUUUUAUGCUAUCUGUAAAUGCACAACAGUUAGAGGGAAUGUUGAUAUUUUGUUUAUUCAAUUUUGGGAAUAUUGUACGUUUCGUAUAAGUUUUCAGCAGGUCUCUAUGAAGUUCAUUUAUUUGGGAUAUCUCAACACUUUGUCAGCAGGACGUAGAUAUUCAAAGAUAUACGUCAUAACAAAAUAUCCUUGAACAGUAGAGGAGAAAUUCACUGUAACAGAUUUGCAAAACUAUCCCACCAGUUAUUAGUGCAGAGCGCCACCUGGAGGUGAAACAUUGCACAAUACAGUGGCAUGUCCUCUUAGAAACUUACCAAUAAAUGAGAGUAGAGUCUUUUUUUUUCAGUAUUGUCUUAAUAUCAGCCAUUAGUUAAUCAUGCCAGGUGUAAAACUAGUUUGUUUACAAUUAAAAACGAGCUCUUUAGUCAGACAAUUAUAAACUCUGACAAGUGAAGAUCUGAUUUUCUGCACGGAAAGGGUCUUGAUUUUAAAUCUAAAAGGGUUUUUGCUAUAAUUAUUUUAAAUUAGGACAUUAAAGUCCUUUUAUGAGGGUGUUAAGUGAUUGUUAAUGUAUCUUUAAUUUAGAUUUUUCCUAUAGUAACUUUGCUUUUCCUGCCGUUGGUGCUGUGAAUCUUUGCUGAAACCCAUCAAAAGUGGAUUUGCAAUAGCGUGCAAUAGACUUUCAUCAGCAACAUGGUGUGAUGCGUAACUGGGGCGGAGGGGGGUAUUGUGCAUCUAAGAAAAAGGAACUGGACUGGCAACCUGGAACUUUGCACACUGUGCAGAUAAUGUACAAGGAAAGCUAUUGACAUAGUGAGCCCACCCCUCCAUUACCCCACAAUUCCCUCAAAAGAUACUCUAUAUCACCACACAGGAGGACUGUAAAACAUAGUUCUUGCCAACACAGCGCAGGAUGUGAAAAAAACUAAAAACAAACUCCUGAGCACAGGGUAAAGGGGCACUUUGACACAUCCAUUGAGUGGCGUUUUAUCAUAAGAUGAAAUUCAGAUGUCAAGGCAAAGAAAACACACACACACACACACACACACACACACACUUACACAUUAAAAGCUGCCUAAAAGAAUGUCUUUCUCAUGCAUGCCACCCAAUGACACUGUUUUAAGUGCUAUGUUGACUAUGCAGUAUGUCGAUUAUGAUUGGUGCCUUCAAACUAGUGCAUGAAAUGCCUUAAAUGGAACGGUAGCUGGCGUUGCAUUACAAAGCAUGUUAGAAAACAGUUUUGGGGUAGCUAUAAAACCCAUCGUGUGGCAUCUUGUGUAUUUUUACACUUGCAUCUUGUUUAGAGGUGCAUUUGUUUAUGUGUUUGAAAAGCCACUUAUCACUGCCAUUUGAAUGAAAACAAUUAGCAGAUUCAAAUGAUUAUUUAUUCUUUUUUCUAGUGUUGAUGGAGAGGUUAUUGUAUUCAUUUAGAUGUAUUAUUUAAGAUACAUGGGUAUUAACUUUUCUAUGGCUGGUAACCAUAAGUACAUCUCAAAUAACAACCUAGUUAUGUUUUUUUUUUUUUACUUGUUUUUCCCAAUUUGCUUUCUUUGUUAUGGCAAAAAGAAAAGUGCCUGAAAGUCAAAAGACAUCUGUAUCUUGUUAUUAUUAUUUUUUCUUUCUUUCUUGCGAUUACAUAUAAACGCUUAUAUUUUCUAACCCCCUCCCUAGAUGGUGUAUUUUAAGGAAAAUUCGUUUUUUUACUUUUUCACAAUUUGUUGUAAACAAAGAGCCAGUUUUGUUUGCGUUGUUUUACAUGAUCUCUCUGUGUUUGUGUUGCUGUUUUGAAUUGUCUGAUCACUUCAGCUGUUACGUCAAGUUAAAUGCCAAAAUGCAUCCUUUCUUCCUGAUCGUAGGUAUCUACGAUGAAUGUUGCACAGCUUGUGAUUGGAAAUUGAAAAAGGAUGCAUAUUCAGCUCUGGUUUUCCAAAGGUGGUUGAAGAAAGUAGAUCCAAUAAGGGGUCGUUCACACCGAAGAUGUUUUUGUGUCCGUCUUUUCUGUGUAUUAAUUGUAAACAUACACUAGACGGAUGUCUUUUUUAUCUUUAGAAAAGUCACGUAGGAGCGAGGAAUGUUCAAUGUUCAAUACAAGUUCAGCUCAAUCGACAGUAUUUGUGGCAUAAUGUUGAUUGCCUCAAAAAUUGAUUUCGUCUUGUCCUCCUUUUCUUAAAAAAAUGUGUUGCUAACAAUGGAAGUGAAUGGGGCCAAUCAUUAAAUAUUAUUACGCACUGUUUCAAAAGUAUAGCCUCAAGACGUAAACGAUAUGCAUGUUAAUAAUAUUUAAAUGUGAUAAAAUCACGUUCUUUUCUGUGUAAAAUGAUAUCUAAUUUUACAACUUUGUUGUUAUGACAACGCAAUGCUGUAAUCCCACAAAAACAACGAUUUAAACAACAGCUCAAAUAACAAAUGUAAGGGUUAAAAUGGAAGUGUAGAUAAAUGCAUUUAUAUAAUUAUAAGAUUUGUAUAUCUGCAUUUAAACCCUCCAAAAAUUGGCCCCAUUCACUUCCAUUGUAAGUGCCUCACUGUAACCUAGAUUUUAGAUUUUUUUUUUUUUUUUUUUUUUGGGAAGAAGAAGAAGAAGAAGAAAAGGAAUACAUUUUUGUGGUAAUCAACACAAUGCAAACUUGAACCCUGAAUAUUCUUUUUAUUCUGUAUUGCGUUUUUAUCCAAAUGCAUUCGACUGCAACUAUGCAGCAAAAAUAAACGAUGCUGUAACAGUGUUAAUGCAUACAUGCUACCUUGGUAUUCCGAAACGAUAUGAAUUUUAGCGUUGAUGAAGUCUUGAUUGUUUUGUAAAAGUUUCUGCACAUUAGCAUAUUGGAAUAUAUCCGAUGCUGAUCGGUUUUAUUUUUUUAUUUUAUUUUUUGUUUUUGUUGUUUUUUUAAACAUGCAUCUAUACUGUAACAAAGGUUUCUUUUUUGCUAUACUAUGCUCUUUGAUUUAUUUUAAUUUUUUGUUUUGAUACUUUUGAGAGCCGAUGUCCUGUAUUGACUGCAGGCCAACGUACAUAUCAUGUAUAUAUAUAUAUAUAUAUAAAUAUAUAUAAAAUAUAUAUUUUAAAAGAAUCCUAUGUUUAUGACUAAAUAAAAUCAAAUAAAAAGAAGCGGAGAAGAAAAAAAUGGUAAUUUAUAUUUUAGAGAUGCAUGCGAGAGGCUGGGAGGUCAUAUCUAGAAUAUCUAGAAUAACAAACGGCAGUGCCUUUUUUUUGUUUUGUUUUUUAUUCAGAUAUUUACCCCAAAUAUAAAUGAUUUUAUAUGGCUCUAAAAUAUAGAGAUAAGCAUUGAUGGCCAAACCCUUUAAAUCAUACAAAGACUUAUGAGCUAUUUGUGAUAUAUUUGGUGUUGAUUAUGUCUGAUAGGAGCGUGCUGGUUGUUCAUGGGAAUCUGUAUGCUUUAGGUACAGUUGAAGUCAGAAAUUUACACACACACCUUAGCCAGAUACAAUUACACUCAGUUUUUCACAAUUCCUGACAUUUAAUCGUAGAAAACAUUCCCUGUCUUAGGUCAGUUAGGAUCACUACUUUAUCAGAAUAGUCGAGAGAAUAAUUUAUUUCAGCUUUUAUUUCUUUCAUCACAUUCCCAGUGGGUCAGAAGUUUACAUACACGUUGUUAGUAUUUGGUAGAAUUUCCUUUAAAUUGUUUAAGUCAAACAUUUUGGUUAGCCUUCCACAAGCUUCUCACAAUAAGUUGCUGGAAUUUUGUCCCAUUCUUCCAGACAGAACUGGUGUAACUGAGUCAGGUUUGUAGGCCUGCUUGCACAUGCUUUUCAGUUCUGCCCACAAAUUUUCUAUUGGACUGAGGUCAGGGAUUUGUGAUGGCCACUCCAAUACCUUGACUUUAUUGUCCUUAAGCUAUUUUGCCACAACUUUGGAGGUAUGCUUGAGGUCAUUGUCCAUUUGAAAGACCCAUUUGCGACCAAGCUUUAACUUCCUGGCUGAUGUCUUGAGAUUUUGUUUCAAAAUAUACACAUAAUUUUCCUUCCUCAUGAUGCCAUCUGUUUUGUGAAAUGAAGCCAAUCCCUCCAGCAGCCAAGCAUCCCCACAACACGAUGCUUGUCUCCCCCACCCCCAAUACUUCAUGGUUGGGAUGGUGUUCUUCGGCUUGCAAGCCUCAUCCUUUUUCCUCCAAACAUAAUGAUGGUCAUUAUGGCCUAACAGUUAAAGAGCAGCCUUUCAGGUAAUGUCGAUAUAGGACUUGUUUUACUGUGGAUAUAGAUACUUGUCUACCUGUUUCCUCCAGCAUUUUCACAAGGUUGUUCUGCGAUUGAUUUGCACUUCCUGAGUGGUAUGAUUGCUGCAUGGUCUCAUGGUGUUUAUACUUGCAUGCUAUUGUUUGUAUAGAUAUAUAUGGUACCUUCAGGCAUUUGGAAAUUGCUCCCAAGGAUGAACCAGACUGUGGAGGUCCACUUUUUUUUUCUGAGGUCUUGGCUGAUUUAAUUUGAUUUUUCCAUGAUAUCAAGCAAAGAGGCACUGAGGUUGAAUGUAGGUCUUAAAAUACAUCCACAGGUAUACCUUCAGUUCAGUACACCUCCUAUCAGAAGCUAAUUGGCUAAUUGUCUAAAGGGUUGACAUCAUUUUCUGGAAUUCUGCAAGCUGCUUAAAGGCACAGUUAACUUAGUGCAUGUAAUUUUCUGAUGCACUGGAAUUGUGAUAAACUCAAUUAAAAGUGAAACAAUCUGUCUGUAAACAAUUGUUGGAAAAAUUACUUGUGUCAUGCACAAAUUAGAUGUCCUAAAUUACUUGCCAAAACUAUAGUUUGCCAAUAUUAAAUCUGUGGAGUGGUUAAAAAAUGAGUUUUAAUGACUUCAACCUAAGUGUAUGUAAACUUCUGACUUCAACUGUACAUUCAGUGCUGAUAUGAAGUUUUGAAUUAUACCUGUCUGUACAACACACAGAUGUAUAUAUAUAUAUAUAUAUUAUUUGUUUGCAUGUGUGCGAGUGUGACACUGUGUAUCCUGGUGAGAAAGAAACCGGAUUGUCUUGUGAUUUUGUACAUAAAUGUUUUUAGAAAAUGUUACAACAUACAGAAGCAUGGAGGCCGAUUUAUUCCUCCUAUGGAUACCUGAGGAGUCACAGCUUUAUGAUGCCCAAGGGAAAGAGUCACUGCUCAUAUUAAAGGAUAGUUCAUCAAAAAAUGUCAUUCUGAACUUGUACAGUAUGACUUUCUGUUUUAGUACACAAAAGGAGAUGUUUCUUCAAGCAGCUCUUUUCCAUUCAAUGAAUGUGAACGGUGACCAUGGCUGUCAAGUAUGAUUUGAAUUGAAUGUCAUGUCAUGUUGACUCCUGUUGUGGAGCUUUUUUUCCUUUUUGGAGCUUUACAUCCACUUUCAUUGUAUGGAAUAGAGCAGUCCAAAUGUGAAACAACAUGGGGUGAGUACAGAAUUUACAUUUUUGGGUGAACUGUUCCUUUAAGGCUAUAUGUUUGUCUUAGGAUAGGUUUAUAUAGAUACUGUAAGAUUCAUUUAAAGAGGAUUCCAAUGAAAUUUAACAUCACUUCAGUCAAAAAAGAAGGGAUUGCUCUUUUUGAUUGGCUAGUGAAUGGUUUAUCUGGGGCUCGUGUGUGUGUGUGUGUGUGUGUGUGUGUGUGUGUGUGUGUGUGUGUGUGUGAGUGUGUGUGAGAGUGUGUGUGUGUGAGAGAGAGAGAGCGUGUGAGUGAUCUGGUUAAAAACAGUAUAAUUAUAGAUUAUACUGUUUGUGUGUGUUCUGUUUGUUUCAUUGGGUCUGUGUUCAAUGCUUGACAUCUUUGUUAUAACCACAGACAAAAAGUAUUAAAGAAUAACUUUUGGA